AUGAUCCUUCAAGCAUUGUCAUAUGUGGGAACGGUGUUGGGCUUUUUGUUUUUGACGCUUUCCAUCGCAGCAGGGUUGUACUAUAUCAGCGAAUUGGUUGAGGAACACUCGGAGCCCACGAAACGCUUUUUGACGAGAGCGAUCUACGGAAUAAUUGUGAUUUAUGUACUGCUAUUGAUUCUGGACUCAUUCCCUUUCAAGCUCAGCGUAUUUUCUAUUGCAUCAUAUGUCGUCUACUUGCGAAACCUCAAACAUUUUCCCUUCAUUUCGCUGAGUAGCCCUACAUUUCUGGCCAGCUGUGUGCUGGUUGCACUCAACCAUUAUCUGUGGUUUAGACAUUUCAAUGACACCGAUGUUCCACCUCAAUUCAGGUACGACCCUAACUACAUACCUCGCAGAAGAGCCAGCUUCACCGAGGUAGCUUCGUUUUUCGGCGUUUGUGUGUGGUUCGUGCCAUUCGCGCUUUUUGUAUCGUUGUCAGCCGGUGACAACGUUCUGCCCACUACAACUUCUGGCUACUCCAAGAAAACAGACGGAUUGAACACCGAGACACCCCAUUUUCGCAAAAAGGCAACCGGUCUUGUACGUGUAGUGAUCGACUCCGUAAGAGACUAUUUCUACUUGGCAGCACGAGUUUUCGGGUAUGACAAGAACUCAGAGAGAAGUCGAUUGGGUGUAUGA